CCUCCUUCGACUAUGGGAAACACAUACGGAAUUUGAGAAUGCUAAAUCAUGGCAACCUUGAUAGAGCGGCUUGCUUUUCUUCAGAAAGUCCCAACCUUAAUGAAGGCUACGUCUGAUGACGAGACACCUUGUCCUGGCUACCUUUUUGAAGAAAUUGGAAAAAUCUCCCAUGAGUCUGUGGGCUACUGCCAGUGUCUGUUGGAGUACCUGCUGGAGAGGCUCCAGGUGCAGUCUUGUCAGGUGAAAAUCAAGGUCCUGAAGAUCUUGCUGCACCUGUGCGGUCAUGGCCCUCCUCACCUGCUGACCGAGCUGCGACGCAAUGCCACCUUCAUCCAGGAGGUGAUCGCAUACAGUGGACCUCCCGAUCCCAUCCAUGGAAACGCUCCUUAUCAGAAAGCUCGAGCUGCAGCUCAGGAGCUGGCCAGUUUGCUGUUUACAGAUUCAGUGUCCCCAGAGUCCGCCGUGUCCCCCUGCCGAGUGGCCACCACAACCACAGGAAUGGGUUCCAAUUCAUCUCCGCGGUCUGGCAUGCAGGGUUUCGGCUACAGCCCGGGAAAGUCAUCUGGCGGCGGCGGCGGCACCUUCCUGGACAAGAUCCAGAAGGCGGCUGAAGUGAUGGCCAGUGCCGUCCUGCCCCCCUCCGAGCAGCCGGGCAUCCGCCUGCAGGAGAACCACUACCGCGCGGUGGUGGCGCCCUCUGGUGUGGUGGAAGUGGCAGUGCCAGCGUGUGCCUACAGCAUGCCCGCUCACAGCCACAGAGCGGCGCUCCGGUGCCCGGGCCAGGUGGGCGGCGGCUGGGAGGAGAACGACAGCGGCCACAGCUCCUCCCACAACUCCUCCCAGGAGAACGCCGGCGCCAGCCGCGCCUCGCUGGACGCCAGCAGCAAGUCAGGCGGCACCACCGACAGCCAAUCAGCCGCCAGCCGAGAGAGCGGCGACCUAUCAGAACGUGUGGAGGCGAUUCAGCUGGGCGACUGUGGCCAGGAGGUGGCGCUCAUCAGCAGUCUGACGGAGGGCUCCAAAGUCUUCCUGUCCCGAGAGGAGAGCCAACACUUCAUCAAAGAGUGUUCUAUUCUGAACUGUGAGGUGGUGGUGGAGCUUCUCUCCAGGAGACUUCAGGAGUCCACACAGACGGUUCAAAUGAGGGCGAUGUGUGCCUUGGCAUGCCUCAUGUCCUCAGACCUGCUGUCACUGGAGCAGAUCUACAGUGUCACCCACAAGCGCCUGGCCCAGCUCAGUCAAGGAACACCUGGGCCCGUCACCAACAAAGCCACCAAGCUCCUGAGGCAGUUUGAGGCUCUCUUGGCAGGUCAGGUACGACACAGCCUGCCGUCCUCAACCUCGAGCAGCCCCAGCCUCACUGCCCAGUCGCCGCUUCCCAAACCCCCCCUUGCCGACAGCGUCCUGCACCCCGGUCCCGUCACAGGGUCCCCCACCACCUCCAACCCUCACCAGGAGCCAGGACCGCUUGUGGAACCAGAACCAGACCCAGAACCAGAACCACCAACUGGGCCUUCCAGGAGCCCUCGCAGUGAUCAGAACCAGAUGGAGGACUUGGGGAGAGGGCCACUCGACCCGACUGAGGGGCCCCAGGAAAGCCCUCCAGAGUCGGGGAACACGGAGCUGGAGUCCAGGCUGGAGGGGUCAGAGCCAGAGCCAGGCCCUGGUGGUGGGGAGAGGGGGGCUUGUGAGGUCCUGCCCCCCCUCUCCCCUUCACCUGCUCUGGGUAGACUGUCUCUGUUUAGUGGAAUGGAGUUGGUCAACCGAGCAAGGCCUCCUUCACAGCUCCCGGAGACGGCCUCUGUUGACAUGGAACUGUCGGUUGCCGCGACAACGGAGAACCCGUCGGCGGUGGAGAUGGAGGAGGCGGAACCGGAACUCGAAUCAGAAUUCGUUCCGUCUCAGCAUUCCUAUUCAGACAGAGACACGAGUAUUGUCCAAGCUAGCGGAGGAGACCUUAGACAGCAAGUGUCUGCUUUCUCCUUCCUCAACGUAUGAUCCUUACCUUACCUUACCAACGCAUCACCCAUUUUACCACCGAGUGUGUAAAUAGUAUUGAAGUGAGAUUCCUAUUCUUUGGUACCUACAGCCUGCUUGGCCUCUGCGGAGGAGAGGCAGCAUAGACGCCGAACACUAAAGCAACUAACCCGAUUUUGCACUGGUUACACCUUUUUUAAACAAUGCUGCUAGUCAUUUCUUGGAACUUUGAUGGUUCAUUUUGAUAUUUUUGUUAUUUUUGUUGUUUUAUUUUUUUUUUCCAAAAUGUUAUCUUUAUCAAAAAUGUUAUCAGGUGCAAUUUUAUUCAGGUUAGAGGUAUGUUAUGUUUGUCUUGCCCUUUAUUCUCAGGGUACCCAGAGAUUGAGUUUCCUGUCUUCCUGCGUUAUUCACAGAUCCUUUAACAGCUGUUCACUCUGUUUUCACAGGUGCAAUAUGAAGGUUUUUUUGUGCCGCCUCCAAAACAUAAUGUUGUGAUAGUUAAAUUGCAGAAGCAUAAGUAAAAGACAGUGUUCAAAUUGUUCUAUUUAAUCUGUAUUUUGAUUAUGCUGCUGUCUAUUUUUAGUGCAUUUUUCAUAAUCAUAAAGAAAAUAUUUGUAAUUCAUAACUAAAAUACUUAAGAGACUAACACAUCAGGUAUCAAGUCAUUUGAAAUACAGCUCUGGAAACAAUGAAGAGACCAUAUUUCUGAUGUCAUCAUAUGGUUACUGAUUAACAUUCAAAUGAGUUGACGGUCAUAUUCAAAUUUGCAGUAUUAUUUAUAGUAUAUUAUAUAAUGUUUCAAUGUUCUCAACGAGACAAUAUAUCAUGUACAACCAUUUCUGUGACCGGCAUAAAAACUUCAUAUUGCACCUUUUUAACACCGAUGGCCACUAGAAGUCUUAAAGCCCUUUCAUUUCAUCCAAGGCUGCAAAGGGAAAUGUGAGUGAAAAGGAUUUGCCUCGGGACAGACGAGUAAAGUGGUGUGUGUGUGUGUGUGUGUGUGUGCGCGACUCCUAAAUAAUUGUAAGGCAUGGCUUUCAUUCCCUUCCUGUCCAUUCUCCUGCAGCUACCUCUGUUGGCUGAGCGGUUCUUGCAUGUCUUUAAAUGGUGUCCACGCCACACUCAGGUGGUUUAGUGCACACAGUAGGUAUCAGACAUAGAUAUAUAUAUAUAUCUAUGGGUAUCAGAAAGCUAGAUGCCGCCAUGUUUACUGUAGCAGUGCAGCCAGAUGACGCCAUCAAAGGUGAAGUGCAGGCUUCCACGGAGCUCACUGCGGUAUCUAGCUUUCUAAAAUGUUAUGGUUUAGUGCAAUAUCACAUGAGUGCAUCUGGCUGUUUUCAGUGUGGUUGGGGGGGUUGGUGUGCACGUGGUUAGGUUCACGUACUUACUUUCAAGUCUUCCGUUAUCUUAUACUUGCGCACAAGCUGCAACUCGCAGUUGGUUAAUUCACCUUGUUCCAACUUACAGAUGAGGCCUGUGUUUUAAAGUGUGUGUGUAUGUGUGUGUGUGUGUGUGUGUGAUCUUCCUUGAUGCAUGGCAAAAGCCCAAACUGUAAGCACCACGUCAGCUUACCAGGCAAGAAGGUUCUAAUGACGGAAUAGAUAGCCUCAAUAAUGAAGUCUCUAAAUGUGACUGUUUGUCUGUGUUUGUGUGCUUCUCCCAGAACAGAUGUGAUGGUUUCCUGUGUGUUUGAAGUGUUGUGUUCAAUGACAAACAGUAUGUUCAUGAAACUGAUUGAGGCUUUACCCACUUCAGCAAAAACCAUGCGUUCACAUCUGUAAACCAGAAAAACUUAACCUCACUGUGUCAUUAAACAAGUCAGAGAAGGUGGAAA